AUGUUAAUUUUCACGUCUACUGAAAAAGACAAACCAGUUUUGAAUCAUAAUGGGUAUCAAUACACCAAAAAACGAGCAAACAAAACAAAUAAUGAAUGGCGGUGUCGGGAUCGAACAUGUUCAAGUACAAUAUCAUUAUGUACAGACGAUGUGAGAAUUUUACGGAAUGAAUCAGCGCACACAUGCCAACCAGAUACCACCAAAGUCCUCAUCGAUAUUGCUGUUGAUAAUAUGAAAAAACGUGCAAGAGAGGAAACACUACCUAUUCCAAAAAUAUAUUCACAAGAGGUCGUCAGAGCAAGAGUUGCCAGUCCUGGUCUUGCAACUGGUCGUGUGUUGCAAACUGAUAUGGGACGAACUGAGAGAGAAAUGUUGAUGGGACGAACUGAGAAAAAAAGCUUCGUGGGACGAAUUGAGAAGUCAAUUUGGGACGAACUGAGAGUAAACCGUAACAUCAACCUAUUUAUCUCAGUUCUGCUAGAAUAA